CAAAACUUGGAAAUACGAGUACCAACUGCGUUUGGGUUUGGGAAAGUUGCUUUCUAAAGUCGUAGCCAUAGUUGCUUUCGAAUUAAAUCAAAUCUCUUAAAACCGAGUAAUCCUACAGUAAACAUAAUUACAAUCUCUUUCUUUUUAUGAGUUGUGUCUACACAUACUGUAGCUGGUUCCAACAUGGAUCUUGGGAGUUCUGACAGUUCCGCCAUGAAUGCAAAAUAAAUACAAAUUAUAUACUAUACUGUACAGGAGCUGGAAGUGUACAAGUAUUAAAGAAGAACCUUCACAAUGUUGAGAGGUGGGCGUGGUGGCCGCCACAGUCCAGAGCUGUAUCCCCAUACUCUAAAGUGUUCCAACGCAAGUGACACCAGUUCAGCGUAUAGUGGUAGUGACACAAUGACAUCUGUUCAUAGCUCCUUAGACAUGGAUAUGGAGGUAGAUCUGUCUGGCCUUCUCGAGUCUAUAGUGGAUUCUGAUGAGGAAGAAGAUUUAGAAGAAACUAUGGACAGCCUCACUGUUCGUGAUCCAGUCCGAGAAUGUCUGGAAAAAGAUCCCAGUGAAAGAACAGACGAAGAUAUUGAGAUUCUAUUAGAAUUCACUCAACAUUUAAAAGCAUUUACAAAUAUGACACUUACUGUACGAAGAGCAUUAUGUGCUGUAAUGGUAUUUGCAGUUGUAGAGAAGGCAGAGACCAUUGUAAUGCAAGAUGGAGAGGAACAUGACUCCUGGUCAGUAUUAAUUAAUGGGCAUGUCGGUAUUGAACAUCAAAAUGGAGAAGUUGAAUAUCUGAAUGUUGGUGACAGUUUUGGGAUGGCGGAGGCUACCCUUGAAAGGCUGUACCAUCGGGGUGUUAUGACAACUAGAUGCAAUGAUUGCCAAUUUGUGUGUGUUACUCAAACGGACUACUACCGAAUUUUACAUCAGGGAGAAGAAAACAUAAAACGUCACGAAAACGAAAAUGGAGUUGUGGUUUUGGUUACAGAGUACAGGGGUGCUGCAGGUGAAUCUGGUCAUCAAGAUGGACAUGUAGUUAUUAGGGGAACCCCUGAACAUUUGAUGCUACAACUUAUUGAAGAUAAUUCACGUGACUCAACAUAUGUAGAAGAUUUUCUAUUGACUCACAGAACAUUCAUUGAAAAUCAUUUAGUGGUUGCCAAGCAAUUACUUGCCUGGUUCUCAGAACCAUCUGUACGUGAUAAGGUGACAAGGGUAGUGCUGUAUUGGGUGAACAACCAUUUUACCGAUUUUGAAACUGAUCCAAAUAUGAUGGAAUUCCUUGAGAAUUUUGAAUUGGCUUUGGAGCAUGAGAAAAUGGAAAGCCAACUGAGACUGUUAAACAUAGCUUGUUCUGCUAAAGCCAGAACUAGAAGUGUUACUUUGUCACGCCCCACAAGAGAUGAGCCACUGAAUUUUACUAUUUUAGGUGGAUAUGAAAGGGGUUAUGGUAUAUUUGUAUUAAAAGUUGAAAAACAUUCGAAGGCAGAGGAAGUGGGCUUGAAAAGAGGUGAUCAGAUACUGGAAGUUAACAGUCAAUCUUUUCAACAUGUGAGUCAUGCAAAAGCCAUGGAAAUAAUUACAGGAUCCACACAUCUAAGUAUAACUGUAAAAAGUAAUUUCUUAGCUUUUAAGCAAAUGUUACUCAUGCCAGAAAAUUCCCCUAGACAGAGGGGAGGUACAAAUAUGGUCAGGUGGCAAACAGAUCCUAGAGCAAGACUUUCAACAGCAGAAUUACUUAGUGAUGAUCCCAUUACCCUGACUCCAAUUUUCCAAUCUCCAAUAAAGAAAUCACAACAAGAAAUAAAUGUGAAAAAAGAACCACAAAAAGGAUUUAUGACACUGGGUCCAAAACGACUUCAUAAGGCUUUAAUGAAAAUGAAUAUUCUGCCAAAAAAUACCAUUGCUGAUGGAAUUCAUAAUGAUGACAGCAUACUUUCCAAUACAGAUGCUUUAAACAAAGCCAACACAAGCACUUCAUUUUAUAGUUCACACAGUAAUCCAGACCUGAUUUCAAUUUGUUAUGAUGAUUAUCAGUCAUCUGAUUACCCUGAACAUGUGCUUAAGGUGUAUAGAGCUGAUCAAACUUGUAAAUAUUUACCAGCUCAUAAAGAAACUACUGCCAGAGAAGUAGUAAUGCUUGCCUUGCGAGAAUUUGGUAUUACAGAGCCAAGUUCAAAUUUCUCCUUGUGUGAAGUUUCUGUUGCACAAGGAGGAAUAAUUAAACAACAUAGGCUACCUGAUCAGUUACAAAACCUUGCAGAAAGAAUUGGAUUAAGCUCUAGAUAUUAUUUGAAAACAAAUGGUAUUAGUGAAACUUUGGUACCUGAUGAAAUGGCUCCGGAACUACUCAGAGAGAGUGUUGUACAUUUCUUGCAACUGAAUGCAGUGGAAGUCGCUGUCCAGUUGACAUUACAAGAUUUCUACAUAUUUAGACAAAUCGAGAGUACUGAGUAUGUGGAUGAUUUGUUUGAACUAAAAAGUAGAUAUGGUACACCCAUGCUAUCACAAUUUGCUGGUUUGGUAAAUAAAGAAAUGUUUUGGGUUGUAACAGAGGUGGUCAAUGAGCAAAAUCUUGUUAGAAGGUCUAGAAUCAUAAAACAAUUUAUAAAAGUUGCAAGGCACUGCAAAGAGUGUAAAAACUACAAUUCUAUGUUUGCUAUAAUUUCAGGAUUAGGUCAUGGUGCAGUAUCUAGACUUAGAAUGACCUGGGACAAAUUACCUACAAAAUACAUUAAACUGUUUACAGAUUUACAAUCAUUUAUGGACCCCUCUAGGAAUAUGUCCAAGUACAGACAAUUAAUUACAGCUGAACAAGGCAGAUCACCUGUCAUUCCCUUUUACCCUGUAGUCAGAAAAGAUCUGACAUUUAUUCACCUUGGAAAUGAUACGAAAGUGGAAGGUAUGGUAAAUUUUGAAAAAUUACGCAUGAUAGCCAAAGAGGUAAAGACACUCACAAAUAUGUGUAGUGCUCCAUACGACUUGCUAACUUUACUGGAAUCUGGUAAACAACCUCCUUCCAAUGCUAUGGUGGCAUUGAAUCAGUUGACAACUGGAGUUCAACAAGGCCAAGUCACAGUAAAAAGAAGAAAGAAGUCCUCGAAUGUGCCAAAUCCAAAAAAGAUGUUCGAGGAAGCGCAAAUGGUUCGCCGGGUCAAAGCUUACUUAAAUCGCAUGCAUGUGGAAACUGACGAAGAAAGACUUCACGCUCUGUCUUUAGAAUGUGAAGGUUCGGGUCCGGCACCUUCGAUGCCACGCCGUCGACAUCCAUCACCAUCUCUUUCUACUACGAGCAGUGCAUCGUCGGCCAGUGAAAGUAAAAAAGGCUUCGCAGGAAAUAAAUUUGGAGCAGCUUCACCUCAAGCCGUGAGAAAGUUAUUGGCUCUAUCCGAACCUGCCAAAACCCGUCCACACCAGCCGAGACCUCCUCCACCCCCCGGACCUUCCCCGUGCUCCCAUAGAAGAGACGGAACCGUGCCGGGCAUUUGUUGUUCCCGCGCCGCACACGAGAGAUCACACUCGGACACGCCUACGCCGCUGCCAGUAGAUUUAUCGGCGGAAAGUAGCAGUGUGACGUCAUUAGUAAACUUGCCAUUAAGAAAAACGGGAUCGGCCACUUCGAGCGACAGCGGGCACGGCUCCUGCACAACGGCGAACUGUGUUCGGCCGAUUCCUCCUCCGCGAAUGCCUUACACGCUCGCCGCUCAAGUGGCCCGCAUCGAUCGUCUCAACCGUGCUCAUUCGCACGAAGGUGUUACUCGUUCUUACGAUUACUAUCACGACGCGCCAGAUGACGAAGACGACGAUCAGCAAGUUUCUGCAGUGUAAAGUUCUCAAUACUCCAAUUUCCAAAAAUUUAUAUUUUAGUAAUCUCACUUGAGUAGAAGCAUGACAUAAAACGUUUAAUAUAUUGUACUAAAAUGUAGUUCAUGUUUGUAUUCCUUAUGAGUAAGGUUAAAGACUGUCUUAUUUAAUGAUUUUAGUGUUUAUUGUAAUAUUACAUAGUAGCCAUGCCUUUAUAUAUUAUAUUAUUAAUAUUAUAGAUAUCGUGACCCACCAUGUUCCAGUUAUGACUAGAAAUAUUAGAACUAGUAAUGUUCUUUUCGGGCAUGCCCUAAUGCACCUUAAGGAUGUAUUUUACAUUCCGUUGUUUGUGUAUAUUUUUUAAUAAUUCUUAAUGUAACGCGCAACUUAGACCAAAUAAUAAUUAACGUACCUUUUAUAAUAGUGGUUCAAACGGAACGCGUGAAACGGUGAAGGUAUAAUAAUUAUUGAUUGAUGUUUCUGUAGUAGGUGACCAUUCUUUAUAUUAUGUACCGGCUGGACGCAGAGUUAUAACAUGUUUCACGUAAUUACGUGUAGUGUUUAAUUAUUGUGGCAUAUCAUCCUUUCUUUUACAAGAUUUUUUGGUAGCUUUGUGGACCAAUUUUAAUUUGAAAGUAUUUUCUCUUUUUCUAUUGUAGCAAUAGAUUUAACGUAUAAUUGCAAUGAUUAUAAUUUUCAUAAUGUAAAUAAGUAAAGUAAACAAUGUUCUUU